AUGGAGCGUAAACUGGAUCUGACGCGUCUAUCGGACGACGAGGCCAAACACGUGUGGGAGGUGAUCCAACGAGACUUCAACCUCCGGAAGAAAGAAGAAGAUAGACUCGGAGAUCUGAAGACUAAGAUUGAGAAGGAGGACACAAAGCUGGAGCUGCUGGGCUCUCAGAGCCAGCUGUCCGACUCGCACUGCAUCCGUUGCCUGCAGCCCUUCAAGUUCCUGGUUAGCAGCAAGCGCCAGUGUCUGGACUGCCACAUGUUCACCUGCAAGUCCUGCAGCCGUUACAACAAGAAGGAGCAUGGCUGGGUGUGUGACAACUGCCGCAUGACCAGGGUUCUGAAGAUCGGUACAGUGGGUUGGUACCACGAUAACGUGAGAAACCGCUUCAAGCGUUUCGGCAGUGCGAAGGUGAUGAGGUCUCUCUACAAGAGGCUGAACGGAGACGGGGGUCGAGAUGACGACACUCAGAGUAUGCCGGACGUCCGCAACCACGUGCAUAACGGCAGUGAGGAUGACCACGGAGAGGCCGAGGUUCAGCGAUAUAAAGUGAUCAGGAAGAACAAACGUCUGCUGUCCGUUCAUCCUCUGGACUUUGACCCUGAGGAAUAUUUCCCUUAUUCCCGCCGGCCGUCCGUCCAGCAGCUGCAGGAGGAGCGCGGCUACAGGAACGACCUUGACUACUACGACGCGCACAACAACCGCGCCAACCGCAGGAAGAGCCUGGACCGCUACUCCAUGAGGCCUGAUGAGUAUGCAGACAGCCGGAUGGUGCGGACUCGCUCUCUCUCUAAGAUCAGCUCCUCGGUGGCCCGUCAGCAGUACGUGGAUACUUCUGACGAGGACGAGUACCCGCGGUACCCCCCCGUGUACCAGCAGCCCCCCCCCCACCGCCGCAGGAACAGCAGAGCAUCCUCCCAGGAGAACCUGGGACAAGCUCCGCCCAUGAACGAGCUGAACAAACGCAUGUCGGCCAUCGAGAGUCUUCUGAACCGGCUGGAGGAGAAGAUGACGCCUGACGAGGUGAGAACCUCUCCUACGUCACCCCCGCUGGGUCCCAACGAGGAGGAGAAGCUGCACAGGAAGCUGAGCGUGCUGGCGGGGAACUUGAGCGAUAAGGGCGCGUCGUCGGAUGACGAGGCCGGGAAGAAGGUUUCCUCUGCUGGGAAAGGCCCGGCCGCGAGGGGCCCGGUGGUCCCGCUGAGGGACAAAGAGCUGAGCUCCUCCAGCGACGAGACGCCCAACGAGGCUCAGAAGGUGUAUAUGGCGGCCGGUCAGUCCUACGACCUGGAGACGAAGCUGCGGCGCCUUGAGCAGAGCGCCAAGACUCACUUCGGAGGGACGACAGACUCGGAGCUGUCGGAGCUCGAGGACGUGGUGGCGCUGACCGCUGCCAGAGUCCAGAGCGCCGAGAGUGAGGUUUCUGAUAUCGAGAGUAAGAUCGCUGCUCUGAACAAUGCAGGAUCCAAGAAGAAGGUUUCUGGAUCUCAUCAGAGGAAAAAAGCCACACAAAACGUCUCGAAAAGCAGUAACAGCACUCAGUGGAAGUCCAACAUGUACUGAAGUUUUAACUCUUCUUCACAAGCUCAAAUGCGCUUUAAAUUCUCUAUAAAGUUGAAUAAACCGGCACAAAAGAUAUGAAAGAAAAACACAAUCUAUAAAUAAAAAUAACAUUUUUAAUGUUAAUUAAAAUUUAACAUUUGAGUUUAGAAAUUCAACGUCAGACCGAAACAAAGACGUUAAUUCACAUUUCGUCUUUUACGUUUUAAAAGAUAAAUGUUUGAACUUUGGAUCAAAUAUUAACAAUUUAUUAUUAUUAAACUGAUAUUGUCACAUAAAAGAAAUGGAAAAUAAUUAAAUUACAGAAAAUAAAAAUAAAAGAAUUUUGUCCAUCGGGAUGAAAAUUCUUAUAAAUAAUUUGACACAAAUCCUAAAUAAAGUAAAUUACUGAAACUAAAGAUAUAAAAGAUUAAGCUUCUAUCUGUGACAUAAACAAUUGUGCAGUUCACAGAAAAAAGAUGAGUUAUUAUAUUAAAUUAUAUAUAUAUACCAAGUGUUCUCAACAUGAAGAAAAAGAUAUUAAAGAAAUAUAAUUUUACAAAAAUACUUUUAAAAAAAGAAAAGCUAAAACAAAUAAAGUCCACAUUUAAAGCUUUAUUUAAGCUUAAAAUAUGUUUAAAGAAAAGACAUUAAAUACUAAAUCUUGGCAUGUUCUUAAAUAAAAAAAAGAUUAUUUCCUUUAUUGAUGUUGACACUGACAGCUGAAAUAAGAACUAUUUAAAUAAAUGAAAAAUGUAUUCGAGAAUUAAUUUAGGAAUUACAUGUACAUUUUUUGAUAUGUACAUUAAAAAUGUGCCUUUUACAAGUGAAAUUAAAAAGAUAAUUCAGUUAAAUUAAUAAACAGAUGAAGUGGUUAAUUGAAUUUAAAAUAAUGAAAUAAGUCAUAAAAGACAGAUACUUUACUCUUUCAUUUUUAAAUCUAUCUAAUUUUGGCACUAUUGAGCCUCCGUAGUUUAACGAUUAGCUGUUUACGAGAAAUCAUUGAUUUUUAUCACUUCUGAUAACAAACUUUGAGAAUUAAAACUAAACAGAGACUUAAUCUCCUCUAAACGUUUUGAUCGACAGCUAACUGGAAACUGAUAUUCUUAGGAUUCGAUGUUUGAAAUAUUGUUCAGAAGAUUAAAAUGUUUAGUUUAUAACGACGGUAAAGACUUUGAUGUGUUCAACAGUUACGUGUUUCUGCUCAAUAAACCCGAAAAUAAA